UGCCUGUGGGUGCAGCAGCCCUGUCCAUGGCAUUCGCAGAGCUCCUGGAGCAAGCGGGGAACAUGGGUCUCUUCCAGGCCCUGCAGAUUUUCACCUUCCUCUUCCCCUCCAUCUUGCUGCCCUCCCAGCUGCUUCUGGAGAACUUCUCGGCUGCCACCCCAGGCCACCGCUGCUGGGCCCCCACGCUGGACAAUGGCUCUGAGGUACCAGCAAACCUCUCCCUUAAGGACCUGCUGACCGUCUCCAUCCCGACUGACCCCCAACAAGGGCCCAGCCAUUGUCGCCGCUUCCGCCACCCACAGUGGCACCUCCUGGACCCCAAGGUCACGGCCACCAAUUGGAGUAAGGAAGCCACAGAGCCGUGCGUGGAUGGCUGGGUCUACGACAGCAGCACCUUCACCUCCACUGUUGUCACCCAGUGGGACCUGGUAUGCCACUCCCAGCACCUGAAGCCUAUGGGCCAGUCCAUCUACAUGGUCGGGAUUCUGCUGGGAUCCACCGUGUGGGGCCUUCUCUCCGACCGGUUUGGGCGUAAGCCGACAUUGAUCUGGUGCUGCCUGCAUGUGGCUGUGACCAGCACCCUCACAAUCUUCGCCCCGAAUUUCCUCAUCUACUGUGGCCUCCGGUUCGUGAGUGCAUUUGCAGUGGCCGGCAUCGUGAUGACCUCGACAAUGCUCCUGGUGGAGUGGACCCCGACACCCAAGAGGGCUGUCUCCAUGACGAUACUGGGAUGCUUCCUCAGCUUGGGCCAGAUGGGCCUGGGCGGCCUGGCCUUCGCCCUGCGGGACUGGCGGACGCUCCAGCUGGCUGUUUCAGUGCCCUUCUUUGCCACCUUCCUGGCUAACUGGUGGUUGCCAGAAUCUGCCCGGUGGCUAAUUAUCAUGGGCAAACCAGACAAAGGGCUUCAGGAACUCAAAAAGGUGGCCAGGAUCAAUGGCCAGAAAGAAGCCAAAAAGACACUGACCAUAGAGGUGCUGAUGUCCAGCAUGCAGGAGGAACUGGCCUCUGCCAAGACCCGCCAGACGUGGCUGGACCUGUUCCACAUGCCUGAGCUCCGCUGGAGACUCUUUGGACUGUUUGUGGUGAUAUUCUCUGUAACGUUCUCCUACUACGGGCUGGUCCUGGACCUGCAGAACCUGGGCAGUGAUAUCUUCCUCCUCCAAGUCCUCUUUGGAGCCGUGGACUUCCUGGGCCGGGCCACCACCCCCUUCUUGCUCAAGUUCUUCGGCCACCGCGUCACCAUAGCCAGCUCCCAGUCCACUGCUGGCUUCUUCAUUCUGGCCAACGUGCUGGUGCCACGAGAUUUUCAGAGCAUGCGCGUGGUCUUUGCAGUGCUGGGAAAGGGAUGCUUCGGGGUAACCUUAACCUGCCUCACCGUCUACAGGACUGAACUCUUCCCAACUUCUCUGCGGAUGACAGCAGAUGGCCUCCUGCAGGCAGCAGGCCGUCUGGGGGCUGUGAUGGGCCCUCUGAUUGGGAUGACUCGCCAGGCCCUGCCCCUGCUGCCCCCCCUCUCCUAUGGUAUCGCCCCCAUCGCUUCCAGCUUCCUCCUCCUGCCCCUCCCAGAGACCAAAGGACUUCCACUCCCCGACACCAUGCAGAGCCUGGAGAACCAAAAAAGAUCAACACCAGCACAGAGAGGCCAGCGAGAGGUGGUCAAUACAGAAAGCACUUGGUUCUAGAAACGCUGCCCGCGUGGAACCCCUUUGGCCAAAGACCCCUGGGAAAGGAGUUGCCAAAGGUGGAGACCAGUCGAGCAACCUGGAGGGUUCGGUGUGGCUAAGUGGGCAGCAAGGCCUUCUACUGCAGCUCCCGCUUUCGCCACACCCUCCCGCUUUCAUCAUGCCCCUCCCACCAUGCCCCCAGCCACGCCCUCCUGUUCUUUCCGGUGAAACUGGCCGUGCAUAGCCAGAUGCCCUGGUCAGAGUCUCCUGGCUGCCCACAGAGCUGCUUCAUUAGCAAGACAGGUCCUGUCCUGUCCCUGCCAGGCUCGCGAUUUCUCUCGGCCGCCUCCUGACUCCUUUCGCAAGACCUGGCUCUGCAGGAUUCUUUCCUCUGGGCUUCCAGAGUGGAUUGUCAGACAGACAAGGGCAGGGUCCGGAUAGGGUUCCAGCCUCCCCUCACCACUCACAGAGUUCUCAUCUUUUAAGAUGGGGUUGACCAUGGAACCUGUCUCCCAGGGUGGGUGUGAGGAUCACCUGAUGUUAGCACAGGCCAGUCUGAGAAAUAGAGCUGAGCACAGGUAGGUGUCCAGGUCGUGUCCCCCACAAGGUACCCAGCCCAGGGGCACAUGAGGCUGAAACCAGCCCAGGUUACACUGGCCCAGUCACCCACCUAAUGAGGGCUGCAGUCAUCCAAGAAAGGGGCACUCUUUUGCCAUUUGCCUGUCUGGAGAGGGCAUGUUUUCCUAAUCACACAAAGACACUUUGUGUACUGACAGCAGCCCAGGCUGUUAGAACCAUGCAAUCACUGAGGCUGGCCACCUGUCCAGGGCCGAGGAAGACAGCCUGAUAGGUGGGGGCUAUGCCCAGAGUGACAUGGCUGAGCCCUGGCCUGACUCCCAGGCAAGCCCCUUUCUAGCACACUGGGCUCCUGGCGGCUCACCUCAACCCCACCCAGGUGCUGGUCUCUGCAGCCUUGCCACAAAGUCACCCCCACACCCUUCCCUCCCCACCUGAGUUCCAGACCCUUCAGACACCUGCCCACUCUGCACUCCCCUUGGAUAACUUGGGGACAUUUUUAGCCCUUGUUCCUCAUCCAGGCAUUCCAAGUCACCUCUCCCACACCUGACACACAGCAGCUUAUCAAUUCUACCUCUUCAGUAGCUUCCAGAUCCAUCUACUUGUCCAUCACCAUGGCCACCUUCAUCUCUGGUCCCUGAACUAUUGUUCUCUGGUGUCCAUUGCCCGCCACACAGCAGCUUCGAUGGUUGUUUGGAAACACAAUUCAAAUCAAAUCCCCUCUCUGCCACCUUCUGGUGGCCCAUGAUAAAGGCAACACUCCUUCCCCCACCAGCAGGUCGGGCCCCUGUGGGUCACCAGCCUUAUCUCCUACCACAUACUUCCCCAAUACUUCCCCAGCUACAGGGACCUCCUUUCAGCUCUUCCAAUGCAUAAGGCCCCCUCCUGCCUCAGGGCCGUUGCACAUGCUGUUCCCACUGUGGACCAUUUUCCCUCUUCACCUUCCAGGUCUCCAUCAAGCAUGACUUCCUCAGGAAAGCCUUCCCUGACCACUUCCCACCCCCAACCCCCCAUCCUUUUCUACCUCUGCUAUCAGACUACUUUCUUCAAACCCUGGUCCUCUCCUUCAAGGCACUUGUAUCAACAAAGAAUUGCACUCCUCUUUGCACUAUUCACUUCCCUUUAAGAAGGGAAAGCUGUCUUGCCUGCUCCCACAGUGCCCCAGUGCCUGGCACAGGGUGGCAUGUAAUGGACACUCAAUAAUAUGUGUGGCAGGAAUGAAUGUCAGUCACCAUCCCGUGCCCCUUACCCACAUCCUGGCUUCCCAACAGGCCUGGGGACUAUUUCUGAGCAGUCUGUAGUCGGGAAAAGGGGGCGGUAAAGAAAGAGGCAGCCCUGGCCAAGGAGCUGGAGCCCCCCAGAUGACUGGACCAUCUGCUCUAAGACCCCAGGCAAAUCCCUUUGCCAAUCCCCUGCAGACCUUGGGCUCAGAGCCAAGGCAGGUCACAGGCCAGGGCAGGGGGAGAAGAGAGGCCAGCCUGGCUGCUGCCUGCCAGGUUCAGCUCCUGGCACGGUGGCACUGAGGUACCCUGACAGCCACAUCUAUGUCAGGACACUAAAAAGCAAACAUUAAACUUACAGCCCUUUUAUUAACUUUCCAUUUUUAUCAGUUAACACAUGUACUUAGUUGCAAAUAGUUCAAAGUCAAGUAGUUACUACAAAACCUUUGUUUCCAAAUCCAGCAGUGCCCCACACCGGCUCCCCUCUGUUUCCCUUCCCUGGAAGCACCCACAUCCCUCUCUUUGAGCUGAUUGCUUUUUGUCACCAUUACCUCUCCAAAUAACAGGCUUACAUGGGCCCUUCUGGAAACCCUGGUGGCGUAGUAGUUAAGUGCUAAGGCUGCUAACCAAAAGGUCGGCAGUUCGAAUCCGCCAGGUGCUCCUUGGAAACUCUACAGGGCAGUUCUACUCUGUCCUAUAGGGUCGCUAAGAGUCAGAAUCGAACCGAUGGCAGUGGGUUUGGUUUUUUUUUAUGGGCUCUUCUUAGGAGUCCCUGGGUGGUACAAACGGUUAAACACUGGACUACUAAUCAAAAAGUCAGCGGUUCAUACCCACCCAGAGGCAUCUCGGAAGAAAGGUGUGGUGAUCUACUGUCUUAGGCUGGGUUCUCUAGAGAAGUAAAACAUAUAAAUACAUAUAUAUAAAAAAAUAGAGAGAUUUAUAUCGAAGAAAUGGCUCACACGAUUGUAGAGGCUGGAAUGUCCUAAGUCUGUGAGUUGGGAUAGAGGCUUCUCCUGAUUCAUGUAGCCUUGGGGGCUGGCGAAUUCAAGAUUGGCAAAUCAGAUAGAAGGGCUAUUACUCACAGGCUGCGAAGAUGGAUGAAUCCCAAGAUUGGCAGGCAGGAUGGCAGGUAAGCUGCUAAUUCAAGUCCCAAGAACCAGAGGUCAAAUGAAUGGGAGACAGUUGCAGGACCCAGAGUGAGCAAAAGCCCACGAGUCUUACCAGAAAGUCCACUUACACAUUCAAUGCAGGAAACUCUCUUUCAGCUACUCACAGUAGAUCCCAUCACGGAAGUGAUCGCAUUAUAUCAAAUCUCAUCAUGAAAGUGAUCACAUCAUCAUAUGACUCCCAAACUACAUCAUAACUGCCAAACCACUGAGAAUCACAGCUCCGCCAAGUUGACACAUAACUUUAAAGAUCAUAUCUGCUUCCAAAAGGUCACACCCUUGAAAACACUAUGAAUUGCAGUUCUACUCUGCACACAUGGGGUCGCUAUGAUUCAGAAGUGACUUGACGGCAACUGGUUUGAUUUAGUUAUGGGUUCAUUUUGAUUUUUCACUUUCAGGCAUUAUCUGUUGACUUCCCACCACGGAAGAGGAAAAUUUUAUUCCCUUUCCUACCUCAUACCUAGCCCCUACACAGAUCCUUCCCAUUCCCAAAUAUCUCUAGUAUCUUUGUAUCAUAACUAUGGUUAGAUCCUUAUUCAGUGUUUCAUCAGCAUGUUAUUGUGGGGUUUACAUUAACUUUACCCAAAGAAUUUUUAACAGUUUCUGAGAGAUAAUCUUUUUAAAAACCUUGGAACUUAAGUGUCUUCAAUAAGGACUCCGGACCAUACCUAACUAACAGGUUAUGCCAAUGAGGUGUUGAGGAGACUCUAGGGUGGAGGUGGCCAGGUCAGAAAGACCCACCUCAUACUGACCGGCCUUGGGAGAGAGAGCUGGAGUUUUAUGAGAUCCCCAAUAAAUGCUCUGGAUGCUCAAUUUCCAUGGAUUGCCUCAUUGAUGAAAGAAAUAGAUGCUUGUGGGAGGGUAGUGCAUCCCUUUGGGACAUGGAAGCCCCAUGUUGUGAACCUUCCUGGACCUCACCUUAUAAGUCUCUUCAUUUGUAUACUUUCUUGCUAGAAUAAAACUGUAGUCACAAGUAUAACACUCUGUGAGUCAUUCCAGUGAAUUAUGGAACCAAAAGGAGUAGUGAGAGCCAAUAGGUCAGAGGUGAGGGGGGCUGAGAAUCCCUGAGCUUAUGGCUGGCAUCCUGAGGGUGUAGAGGGAGCCCCUAAUUUGUAGCCAGCAGGUGAGAAAUGAGAAAGCCUGGGAGGACUUUAAGCUUAUGGCUGGAAUGCUGAUGGGGUACUGGGAAAACCUCAAAUUUGUAACAAGCAGAUCAGAAGUGAGGGUGCUGUAUGGACUCCCAAGGUUGCAGCUGGCACCUGAAGUCUUGGGCCAACUUGGCGUUCUGGAGAACUGCGCCCUUUAACUUGUGAGCACUGACCUCACUCCAGAUAGCUACGGUCAGAGGAAGAAGUGCUACAUGGGCAGCUGGUGUCAGGACUGAAUAGAAAAGUAAAAAGUGGUUAAUUCAUCAAUUUUUAUAUUUGGAUUUGAUUGAUCCACUCACUUUUGCAAAUGCUACUCAUAACCCCCCCCCAAAAAAAACCCAGUGCCAUCGAGUAGAUUCUGACUCAGAGCAACCCUAUAGGACAGAGUAGAACUGCCCCAUAGAGUUUCCCAGGAGAGCCUGGUGGAUUCGAACUGCCGACCCUUUGGUUAGCAGCUAUAGCACUUAACCACUAUGCCACCAGUAGCCAAGCAAUAUAGAGCCUGUGAUGCCUUUUCCUUACAACUUUUCAUUUUCCCCAGAGUUAACUAUCGCCUUGUUUUUCUUUUACUUGUUUUCUUUAUGCUGUAAUCCAAUGCUAUUUACAUUUAAUGCUUUACAUUUAAAAGAAGAAAACUCUCAAAUCAAAUACUUCACUAAUACCUUAAGAAACUAGAAAAAAAAAAGGAGCAAAUUCAGAAGAAAGGAGAUAAUAAAGAGCAGAAAUCAGAGAAAUAUGAAAACAAUAGAGAAAAAUCAAUAAAACCAACGGCUGGUUCUUUGAGAGAUCAAUAAAAACCAUAAACCUCUAGCCAGACUGAUUAGGAAACGGAGAGAAAAGACACAUAUUAUGAUAUCAGAUAUAAGAGUGGAAGCAUCACAACAAAUGCUACGGACAUCAAAAUGAUACUAAGUGAAUAUUAUGAGCAACAUUUUACCAAUAGAUUUGACGACUUAGAUGAAAUGGAAAAAUUUCUUUAAAGACACAACUACCAAAGCUCACUCAAAAAGAAGUAGAUAACUUGAAUAGCUCUGUGUCCAUUAAACGAAUUAAGUUUGUGGUUUAAAACUUUCCCACAAAGAAAAUCCCAGGCCCAGAUGGCCUUACUGGAGAAUUCUACCAAACACUUAAGCAAGAAAUAAUACCAAUUCUACACGAACUCUUUCAGGACACUGAAAAGGUGGUAAUAUUUCCCAACUUAUUCUAUGAGGUCAGCAUUACCUAGAUACCAAAACCAGAAAAAGAAAAGAAAGUUAUAAACCAACAUUUCUAAUGAACACAGACACAAAAAUUUUAAACAUUUAGCAAAUUGAAUUCAGUAAUAUAUAAAAAAGGUCAACACAUCAUGACCAAAUGAAGUUUAUCCUAGGAAUGCAAAGUUGGUUUGACAUUUGACAGUCACAGUUAACAAACUAAAUUAUUAACAAUCUAAAAAAGAAAAACCAUAUGAUCAUCUCAAUAGAUGUAGAAAGAGAAUUUGACAAAAUUAAACAUCCGUUUCUGAUAAACAACAUUCAGCUAUCUGGGAAUACCUGAGAACUUCCUCAGUCUGAUAAAGGGUGUCUAUAAAAACCACAGAGCUAACAUCCUAGUUAAUGGUGAAAGAUCAAAUGCUUUCCCUUUAAGAUCAGAAAUGAGACUACGGUAUCCACUCUUACUGCUUCUAUUCCGCGUAGAUCCUAGCUAGUGCAAUAAGACAAGAAAUUAUUUAAUACAGAUUGGAGAGAAAGAAGUAAAACUGUCUAUGUGCAGGAGAAGUAAUUAUCUAUAUGGAAAACCCUGAGAGAUCUACAAAAACGUUACUACUCAUUGCCUUUAAGUUAACCCCAACUCAUAGCUUCCCUAUAGGACAGAGUAGGACUGCCCCAUAGGGUUUCCGAGGUAGGGCUGGUGGAUUCGAACUGCCGACGUUUUGGUUAGCAGCUGAGCUUUUAACCACUUCACCACCAGGGCUCCAAAAAUGUUACUAAAGAACUAAUAAAUGAGUUUAGCAAGGUUGAAGGAUACAAGGUCAAUAUGCAAAAGCUUGCUGUAUUUCAUAUACUAGCAACUAACAAUCAGAAAUGUACAAUUUUGAAACAAUACCAUUUAAAAAUUGCACAGGAAAAUAUCAUAUCUAGGGAUAAAUUUGACAAAGCAAGGCAUUACCUGUAAAUAUAAAACUACAAAACAUUGCUGAAAAGAAUUAAAGAAAACCUAAAUAAAUGGAGAGAUAUCUUGUGUUCAUGGAUAAGAAGACUCAACAGUAUUAAGAUGUCAAUUCUUCCCAAAGAACCUACAGAUUCAACACAAUCCCAAUAAAAGUCCCAGCAGGCCUUUAAAAUGAAUUGACAACUCAUCCUAAAAUUUAUAUGGAAAUGAAAAGGACUUCCAGUAGCCAGCCAAAACAAUUUUUAAAAAGAACAAAGUUUGAGAACUUUUGUUCAAUAGACUAGAGUUGAGAAUACGGAAGCUGAAUCAUGCGUAUAUGGUUAAUUGAUUUUGGACCAAGCUGCCAAGUCAACUCAAUGAGUAAAGAAUAGUCUCUUUAACAAAUCAUUCUGAAACAAUUUGAUAGUCACAAAAUUAGAGACAGAGAGAGAAAAGGAGAGGUAAAGAAGGGCAGAGGGGGAGACAAGAAGGGAGGAGAUGAGAAGGAAAGAGAACUCAAACCUUAAUUUACACCAUAUACAAAAACUAACUUGAAAUGUAAAAGCUAAAUGUGAGAGCUAAAAUUACAAAACUUUCAGAAGAAUCCAGGAGAAAACUUUAGCAACCUUGGGUUUGACAAAGAUUUCUUAAAUAGAACACACACACAAAAAUAUGAACUAUAUAUAAAAGAAAAAAAUUGAUAUAUUGAACUUCGUAAAAACUAAAAACUUUUGCUUUUCAAAAGACAUAGUUACAAAAGUGAAAAGGCAAGUCAUAAACUUGGAGAAAAUGUUGCAAAAAUCUAUACUUGACACAGGACUUCUAACUAGAAAAUAUAAAGAACUCCUACAACUCAACUAUAAAAAAGACAAUCCAAUUUAAACAAUGGACAAAAAAAAUUUGAAGAGACGCUUCACUAAAGAUGUUACAUGGAUGGCAAAUAAACACUUGAAAAAAUGCUAAUAUCAUUAGUAAAAUGUAAAUUAAAACCACAAUGAAAUACUACUACAUGCCCACUGGAAUGGUGCAAAUUAAAAAGACCAAGUGUUGGGGAAGAUGUGAAGCAACUGGAACUCUCCAACAUGGCAGUGGGAAUGUUAAAUGAUACAGUCAUUUGGAAAACAGUUUGGCAGUUUCUUAAAAGCUUAAAGAACUGUAUAACACAAAACGGGAAUCUUAAUAUAAACUAUGGACUUUAGUUAAUAAUAAUAUAUUGAUAUUGGAUCAUCAAUUGCAACAAAUGUACCACAUCAGUGCAAGAUAUUAAUAACAGGAAUGGGGGAGGAAGGUAAAUGGGAACUCUGUACUUCUGCUCAAUUUUUCUGUAAACAUAAAACUGCUAGAAAAAAAAUAGUCUAUUUGAAAAGAAAUUAAGGAGGCAGAGCCAACAUGGCACUAUAGACAGAAGCACCAUGCCCUCCUUCUGCAGCAAA